AUGACCGAAGCUCGCAUUGCCAAACCCAAAUCAAUCUCAACUGAUCGUGCGGGAUGUGAGGCUGCUCUGUUUGAUUGGGCUGAGAGCUUUGAUUCAAAGGCAGGCAUCCUAGGACCCAUGCUAGUAGACUACCGCUCUUUUCUCAACAAGCUAUGGGAAGACAUGGCUGCUGAUGAGUUCGCGCGCAUGGUUUCAAGUCCUCAUGUGCUGGGUAGCCCUUUACUGAUGACCCAGCAUUUCGUGGGGACAUCUAAGUGGGAGAAGAUGUCAAGUGAUGAAAUCGUCGGACAUCACCAGAUGCGAGUCGCUCAUCAGAAGUAUACAGAUCCUACUCUUAAGACUGUAGCCAUUAAGGGACAUUCACAUGGGAGCGCAACCAUAUGGUAUAAGAGAGUAGACGGGGUUUGGAAGUUUGCCGGACUCAGACCAAACGAGAGAUGGUUCGAAUAUGAUUAUGAUAAGAUCUUUAGAAACGAAUCGGAAGAGUAG